CAGUUAACCGAGAAGAUCACCGAAGAUCUAACCGAUAUGCGACACCCAACGGCUGUGACGAUGAUCCCUAUGAUUCUGGGUCUGGGUCUGGCCCUCGUCGCCCUGGUCCACUCCGCUCCCGUCGAGGUCGUCUACACGGGCGAGAGCUGCGCCUGUCCCACCCAACUGGGCUACCAGCUCAACGUACCCAAUCCCCCCAAGGCAAAGAAGUACGCCGGCGCCGAGUACGGUUACCGCGUGGAGAAGCCCGUUCAGACCAAGGCCAAGAUCAGCUACAGCUUCGACUUCACCGUGGAGCAGCCGAGGACUCCGGCCCCGCCGAAGACCAAUCCCGCCAAGCUGUACGCCAAGGUGGACCGGAUCACAGUCAACAAAGCAGAUUGCCAGGCGAAGAGCAAGCCAACGUGCAGCUGUUCGAGUUGUUCCAGCCAGAAGCCCAGGUACGUAGCUCCACCGGUCAGGUCGCCCAAUGCGAUCCGUCGUCGCCGGGAUCUGCGGACACCGGGAUCUCUGCUCCGCCGGCGACUAAUGAGGCAGCAACAACUGCAGGAGCGUCCGCCGCGAUUCGUGAAGCUCUACCACAAGGAUCUCACUGCCGCCGAGCAGAAGCAGCACAAGCUGAAGCUCUUUGGCCUGAUCCCAGUGGAGCCCGCAGGGAAAGUGACCGAAACGCCCAAGUCAAAGAGGAAGACCAAGAAAACACAACCAAGUUGGAUGGGCUUGGGUCGCCGUUUGAGCAAGCGAGACAUCAAGGGUGAAUACGAUCUUCUCGAGCAAGAGCGCUCCAGAAUAGAUCUCACUGCUCCCGAAAUAAUUCAAUAUAUGCCGGAGACCCUGAAUCCGGACUUCAAGCCCGGUCAGUGCCACAUGGGCUGUGGUGCGAUGACAGCGCCGGCUCCUCCGCCGGAAGAGCCACUGCCACUGCCACCGCCACCAAAAGAGGAGCAGGUGCCUCCAACCGAGAGUACGGACAAUCCAGAGCAACUGAAUACGAUUCCAUCGAAGAGAGCCGCCUUCGGUUACUAUCCCCUGCAGAUUCCCUCGCCUCUGGUUCCUCCAGAGAGCUACAAGUACGUGGACGACGCUCAACUGCGGAGCCUUCUGUCCACCACUUCGGUUCCAGAUCCGCAGGAGUACAGCUCCACGCCGCUGCAAUUUGCCGGGGAUCUGGAAUCGGUGACCAGGAGAUCCUAUGGACCACCUCUUUUGGGCCUCGGCGGUGGUUAUCCCGUGGAGCACGUCUCCGAUUCCCAGUUGGAUAGUAUUAUCUCGGGCAUAGUGUACAACCAUCCGGCCUAUCACUACUCCAACGAUGGAAGUCUGGUGGAUCCGGAACCCGUGCAAAAGCAACAAACCACCGAUUUCCUCAAGAAACUCAUCGAUGGCCGUUUGGGCGGUUGGGGUUUCGAUCAGACCACCGAACCGGAGCACAGUCUUCGGGAGGAUUACUCCAGACUGCCGGCGAAAACCUACGGCUUCAAUAGCCACACCCAGAAUGGAUACAGUGUGGACACCUACAGUGCGCCGCCAAUCACGGAUUACCUGAGGGCCUGGUUCUAAAUAAAAACCAAAUCCCAAUAAAUAGCUUUAGUACUUAGAAAGUCAUAAAAAAGAAAACGAAAAUCCAAAACCAAAAAAACAGAAUAUAAUAAAUUGAAAAAACAUU